AUGGCACUGAUCGUAUCAUGGAUUUUCAUACUCGGGCUGGUGGUUCCAGAUCUAUCAUCAAGCCUGUUGCAUUGUCCCCACCGGUGUCACUGCGAUGACGAGAAGUUGGACGUAAACUGCGAGGAAGGCCACCUGGACGUGCUCCCGAUCGCGCUCAAUCCAUCCAUCCAGCGGUUGGUGAUCAAGAACAACAAGAUCCGCAUCAUCGACUCGUCGAUCCAGUUCUACUCCGAGCUCACGCUGCUCGAUCUCAGCUUCAACUAUCUGUUCAACAUCCCGGACCGUACGUUCGGACACCAGCGUAAGCUGCAACAGCUCCAUCUGAACCACAACAAGAUCAGCACCAUCUCGAACCGUACGUUCGUGGGGUUGGGUGAACUGCUGGUGUUGAAUCUGCGCGGUAACCUAAUUGAUCAGAUCGAUGCGCUUACGUUCACGCCACUGGCGAAGCUGGAGGAGCUUAACUUGGGCCAGAACCGGAUCGCUAGUGUUGGGUUGUCAACGGGUGCGUUCGUUGGCAUUGGUGACCUCAAGAUCCUGCUGUUAGAUGACAAUCUGUUGAGUGUUGUACCACCGACGGACACACUGAAACCGAUCGAUAAGCUGGCUGAGCUGUACUUGGGAACGAACUCGCUCUCCUCCAUCGAGGAUGGUGCAUUCCGGGUGCUAUCUGAGCUGACUCUACUCGAUCUACGAAGCAGUUUGCUACCCAACGUCUCGGAGGGCACUUUCGGUGGAAUCGAGAACCUAAAAACGCUCAACUUGGCCGACAAUCGGUUCGCCAGAGUGCCAUCAGGUGCACUUGGUGUGCUUCGUCGCCUGGAGGAGUUGGCUAUUGGACAGAACCAUUUUGAGGCGUUGCCAGCUCACGCAUUCCGAGGUCUACCAAAUCUAAAGCGCUUCGAGCUGAAAGGUUCGCUGUACUUGCGGCGUGUCGAACGAGCUGCUUUCCAAACCAACACCAACCUCGAAUCGGUGGUGAUUGAAUCAAAUAAGGCACUGACCGUGUUGGAGGAGGCCACCUUUGCUGGACUGCUCUACCUAAAGCACCUCAGCCUGCGGAAUAACGGACUUGAGCGUCUUGACGAGGGUAUGCUUUCGUGGAACAGCCUGCGUACAGUUGACAUCUCAGACAAUCCGAUAAACUGUGACUGCUAUUACGCCAAGCUGCUGCAACGCCUUCAAUCGGCAGCCCGUGUCAGCUACAACGCCACCGGAUGUCCACAUCACCUCCCCGAUCAGUGGGAGUGCGAGUACAUGCUGGAGAAGAACAAGAACCUCAUCUCCGUUGUAGUUCCGCUAGUCGCCGUCGUCACAGCGAUCGCGCUAGCGUUCUACCGCUUCCGGGGUCUUCUGCGUGAGUACGUCAAGAAUGGUUGUAAAAGCAAGGCGGCAGCAAGUGCAACACCUUCUGGAGCGGCUGGAUUGCCGGUGUUAGCUCCGAUCAGCCAUCGAUCGGAGCUAUCCACGGUGGUGGACUACGAGAAACCACUCACGGAUGACGACUACGUUAUACGAUCGGGAAACCUAUACCACGGUGGCACAGCACAACCCAUCCUGGGAGGAUAUCCGCUGUAUAUGCAGCAGAACCCAGCCGUCUACUACAACAAGCCGCUUCCGAUCACGGAGUUAUAG